UAAGCAGAGGUAAACAAACUGUGGGAAGAGGCAGGGACCAAGAGAGGAUCCUCUGCUGCUGCUGCUGCAGGAGGCGGAGAAAUAAACGGCCAGAUCCCAGGGAUCCCAGCCUGGAGGGAGCUUGGAGCAUGGAUGCCAGGGCAGGAGCAGCAGCAGCCCCCCAAAAGUGGAGGAAGGGAAAGGAGUAGAGAGAGAAAGAGAAAGAAGGGGGCAGGAAGAUGGAGGGGUAGUGGAGGGGGGCAAGAGGCACCAGAGGAGGAAGAAAAGUGGGGGGUUGGGGGGCAAGAGGAGGAGGAAAGGUCUGGGGUCAAGGUAGAGGCUUUGGAGAAGUAUUGAAAACAGGAGGGAUUAAAGUCAGGAGGAAGGGGGUUGUGGACACUCAGGGUCAAGGAAGAGAGCCAAAGUAUUGAGGAGGAAGGGAGGAAGGUGGGGAGUUGGGGUGCAAGAGGAAGAGGAGGAGAUCUGGGGCUUUGGAGAAGAUAGAAGGACCAGGAGGAGAAGAUCAAGAAGAAGAGGAGGAGGAGUAUUAAAAUCAGGAGGAAGGGGUUUGUGGACACUCAGAGAAGAGAGGCAAGGCACUGAGGAGGAAAGAAGGUGGGGAAUUGGGAUGCAAGAGAAGGAGACGAUCUGGGGCAAAGUAGAAACUUAGGAGAAGAAAGAUUAGGAGGACAAGGAGAACUCUCAGGAGGAAAGGGUUUGUGGGCAGCAGGGUCAAGGAAGAGCCAGGCUGAAGAGGUCAGGAUCCAGGAGAAACUGGUGCAGGAAUUUGUUUUUACCCCCCUCCAUUUCUUGCUGCUUCCCUGAUGAACUUUUUGGAAACAGGAGCACCACCACCACCAUCAGAAGAAGUGCCCCCUGGUUUUUGGCUUGCUCCCCAUCUCUUUCCCUCCUCCCCUUGAGAGAAAGUGGAGGACUUGCCUCCCUUGGGGUGGCUGCCUUCCUUGGAAAGGGGCCAGCUGCAAAGCAAGGAAGGGAGAGGCCAGCAUCCCAUCCUGUGUCCAGUGUUCAGGAGGAGGGCUGUAGCCUGCCCCUUCUGUGGGGCAACCAGGUAGCCCCAUCUGCCUCAAGGGCGAUGGAGCGGGUGGAGAUGAUCAACAUCCAGCGCCUUCUGGAGGCAGCUGAGUACCUGGAGCGCAGAGAGAGAGAAUGUGAACAUGGCUAUGCCUCGACCUUCCCUUCUAUGCCGACCCUUGGACUGCAGGACCCAAAGCCACCGCAGAGGCUGAGCCGAGCAAGGAAGCAUAGCAGUGGAGGUAGCAGUACGGGCACUGCUAACAGAUCUACGCACAACGAACUAGAAAAGAACCGACGAGCUCACCUCCGCCUGUGCCUAGAACGUUUAAAAGUUCUCAUACCACUGGGACCUGACUGCACCAGACACACAACCCUGGGGCUGCUUAACAAAGCCAAAGCACAUAUCAAGAAACUUGAAGAGGCAGACCGGAGAAGCCAGCAUCAGCUUGAGAACCUGGAAAGAGAGCAGAGAUUCUUAAAACGAAGAUUGGAGCAGCUGCAGGGUUCUCAGGACAUUGAACGAAUACGAAUGGACAGCACUGGAUCAACCAUUUCUUCAGAUCGCUCUGAUUCAGAGCGGGAAGAAAUCGAAGUGGAUGUGGAAAGCACAGAGUUCUCCCAUGGAGAUGUGGAUGAUAUCAGCACAACCAGUACAAGUGACAUUGAUGACCACAGCAGCUUGCAGAGCAUUGGGAGCGACGAAGGUUACUCCAGCGCUAGCGUCAAGCUCUCCUUCACUUCCUAGAGCAUGGUGCUAGGGCAGUACAGCUGGUUUCUUUGGGGCAGUUGACAUUCACCCAGCAGAGCUCUUAAGAUACAGUAUUUUUUCUUCUCCAAACCACACUUCAGCAGCUAAGCUUGGAAGAAUGCAACUCUAGAAUAGCUCCAUGGGUCCAUAGGAGGGUGGGAGCCUAAUCGGGAAGCCAACCGGUUGCCACACUGUUAUAGUCCUGAAAUCCUGACUUAGUGCUGAACUCACAGCUACUCUGAAGUCAUAGACAGCACUCCAGUCAUAUACUGAUGGACUGAGAUUUGCCCAUUUAUAGUGGAUAGCUUUGCUCAAAGAUUUUUUCAUUGGACAGAGGAUCUUGGCUAUUCAGGCUUUUGAUUCUUAAUUUGUCACAAUUCAUUUCUUAAUUUGCCACAACUCUUGAGAAAUUAUCCUCCCUCCCCAUUGCCCUUUUCCCCCCUAUUCUCAUACUCAAACAAAGGCCCUUUGUGGUGCUAAUAAGAAAGACGUUUGUCCAGUAUCUAUGAAAAUCUAGCACACAUGGGAUAGACAUGUUUGUUCCAAAUUUUGGGGGGAAAGUAACCAAGGUGAUCAUAGUUUAUGGGAUCAGCCUCUCCAAUGAGUUUGCACAAUAUCCUGAACUACAGAGCUCAGUUUUUAAGCUCUUUAAAAUGCUGUCUCUCAGUUUAAGCAUUUUUCUUUUCCUUAAGCAAAGUAUGAAGUUGGACAGUUUUUGUGUAUUCUCACCAGCAGAAGCUAGUCCAAUCAAUGCCUUCUGUCCACUGGUUUUCUCAAGCCAACUUUGAUCUGUACAGACCUAAGAAAUAACAGUAAUAGUGAGAAGCUCUGCUCAUGCCCUGUGAAAAGAGAGGUGCUGCAAAUCUGGAAGCAAUUCUCAUUCAGCUCAACUUUCUGCUGGACAUCAUUUCAAGGCAAGAACUUGUGUCACAUGAUUUUAGCACUAGAGUAUUGAGCUGUAACAUACCAGCACUACUAGCUCCCUGGAUUCAAUGGCUACAGCAGUUAACUCCUUAUUAAAAUGGCGUUCCCAACACAGAGACAGACAGAAGUCUGUGAAGAUAGUGGUGGUGGUGGUGCGGAUGAUGCGAAGGAAAGGCACAGCCUCCAUUCUGAGCCACAAUGACCUUUUUUUUUCCUUUUGCAAAUUACUUUGAUAAAUGUUUGUAAAAGUUGUUUGGGUGAGAGAACCUACAUGCGACAAUGUCUUUUUAGAACUCCUAGGCAUGAUUCUGCAAAUGUCUUUUAUAAUUGACACCAACCAAUGGAAAGGGACCUGUUUUUCUGCUGCCAAGCACAAAAAGAACAGGGCCUCUCCUCAGGCGUGAUGGCUCUUCCUUUUGGUUUCCUUUCUGGACUUCCUUUGCCACCUGGAUCCCUCCCAUAGUUCUGGCCUGGGUCCAUACUUAACAUAGUACAUGUCUCAUGGUAACAGCCUGCCCACAGUGGUUCCCCAGUGGGAAAUCUCCAGUCCCACCUGAGAGGAACUGUUGCUGUUGUCUCGCUGUUAACAAGAAAAAAAGAUUGUAUCCAUUAUUUUUAGCAUAUUUUUUCUCUUCAAUAUGAGCUUUCUAACCUGCACUUUGAGGUCUUUGCUUUUCCUUUAAGCUUUCUUAACUACAAGAAUUCCUUUUAAUGUUCCUUUACCAAGUUUAAACUUUACUGUUUCAUUUUUUUAAAAAAAAAGACCUCAUGUAUGACACUUGUUUGAAACUUUUAAAGUGAUUUGUCUACCCUCCCAAUUACUAAGGGACAAAAAGAAAAGAAAAAGAAAAUAAGAAAAAUGCUUUAUGAAAUUCAUAACUUAUUGCUGAUUAUAAUUACUGGGUUGUUAAUUUCAGUCCUGUAGAUUUUUAAUUUUAUUGUUUUAGAUAGGGCUGGGCAACAAAAAUUUAAAAAGACAAAAUAAUAAUAAAAAAACAAGGUAACCUCAUUUAGCCGUGCAGUGGAAUUGUGUUUAAAUGUUGGCAUAUGGUUCUGCUUAUAGUAGCACUUUAACACCAUUAAACAUUUCUGUAUCUGAAA